CCAUACAGUAUUGGACGUGAGGAAGCCACAAGCUAGCACAGCACAGCCGGUAAGAGAGUGAGUGCGGAGAGCCAAAUUGAGAUGGGUGCAGCGAGCAGGAGACUGGCCGUCCUGGAGCUCGUCUCCAUCGUCGCCGUCCUCCUCAUCUCCUCACCAGCAGCAGCAGCAGAGUUGUCCGUGGACUUCCACGCGGCGUCGUGCCCGCAGCUGGAGUCCAUCGUGCGCUCCUCCGUGCAAGCCGCUCUCCAGCAGGAGAUCGCCCUCGCCGCCGGCCUCCUCCGCAUCUUCUUCCACGACUGCUUCCCGCAGGGGUGCGAUGCGUCGGUGUAUCUGAGAGGAGGCAGCAACUCGGAGCAGGGCAUGGGCCCAAACCUCACGCUGCAGCCGCGGGCGCUGCAGCUGGUGGAGGACAUCCGCGCCAAGGUGCACGCCGCCUGCGGCCCCACCGUCUCCUGCGCCGACAUCUCCGCCCUCGCCACCCGCGACGCUGUCGUCGUCUCCGGCGGCCCCUCUUACGCCGUGCCACUCGGCCAAAAAGACAGCCUCGCUCCGGCAUCGUUGGACCUCGUCGGAGAUCUCCCGGGCCCGGGCACCUCCAGAGUCCAGGAUCUCAUCGACCUUUUUGCAAGCAGGGGACUGCGGGACGCCGCCGACCUGGUGGCGCUCUCCGGCGGGCACACCGUCGGGAGGACACGCUGCGCCUUCUUCGAUGACCGCGCCCGCCGCCAGGACGACACCUUCUCCAAGAAGCUGGCGUUGAACUGCACCAAGGACCCCAACCGGCUGCAGAACCUGGACGUGAUCACCCCCGACGCCUUCGACAACGCCUACUACAUCGCGCUCAUCCACAACCAGGGCGUCUUCACCUCCGACAUGGCGCUCAUCAAGGACCGGAUCACGGCGCCCAUCGUCAGGCAGUUCGCCACGGACAAGGCCGCCUUCUUCACGCAGUUCGCCAAGUCCAUGGUCAAACUAAGCAAUGUGCCGAGGACUGACAGGAACGUCGGCGAGAUCCGCCGCAGCUGCUUCAGGACCAACAGCCAGAGCCUCGUCGACUUCGCCACCAGCGAUGAGGAGGGCUUCGCUGCUUCUGCUUGAUCAUUCAGCUGUCUGUCGUUGCUCGUUAAUUAGGGAGCUAGGUGCUUGACGUCGCUAGCUGAUCCUAGUCUCUUUAGUCUUCAGGCCUUGGCUUUUGUACGCAUAUGCUUUCGUUAUGUCCGUGCAAUAAUAACUAGUAAGACUGUUUUUCUUUCCUAGCUAGCGAGUAGCGAUCCCUCGUCAUUUCAACCUCGUAUUCUCUUACAUCCCACCUUGUUAAAGAUUGUUAGUACGUACGAGUACGCGACUAGGGAUCGAUCGGACGUUUUAUCCGAGCAAAAAAAAAAAAGAGUGUUCAAGCUGUUUCAGUUUAA